GUCGUUGCGUUACGCGGUCACAACUCCGAUUAUUGCAUAAGGCCGAGUCGACGGAACGAAACCCUCGCCGAUUUGGAAAUUACCAAUUUUCUACUGUCUAUGGCCAUUCAUGAGCGUGAAUCCCGUUCAGUAAACGCCGAGAAAGAUAGCCUGUGCACUCUGAGCCUUGAUUAUGAAAUUUUACGUCUGUCUUAUACUCGCCGUCGCCUGCAGUGCGGCGAGAGUACCAAGAAUAUCCGAACCACCAUACUUCCAAAAUUAUCAAGGUGUUUUCCCGGGCAGCAAUGCCGGUGGCUUCCACGAUGUUCAAGGCAGUGGAGCCGCUGCUCCAUUUCUGGGAGAUUUCAGGAGUCACGAAGGGAAUUUAGGUUCGGGGCAUAAUUCGGGAAAUGGAUUCUUCCCCAAUCAGGGCUUUAUCGGCAGCAGACCAGACUUAGCGAAUCAUUUAGCACCAGUUCCUUUCGGAGACGUCGGUGGGAACCAGGGGAAUUUCAAGGCUCCUCAUUAUGGACGUUUCAAUCGUGAUUAUGAUUAUUAAACAUAGAAAUUCUAUCAACAUCAGCAUUACUAUAUAGACAAGGAAACGGUUCAGUCGUCUUAAUUGUAAUUAAAACCUCUUUUCAAUGUUGCUGAGCCACUAUAUUAAUUUUACGAUUAUAAAAAAUAAAUCACUGACGUAAGUAUUAAAGU